AUGAGAGUCAGUAUUUUAAAAUUUGUUUUUUUUUCAAUUAUUAUUUAUUCUUUUGAAUAUGCCAAAAAUGAAUUAUACUUUGUAAACGAGAGAGACACAUGCCUUGAAAGGAAUAUAACAAAUUUUAGAAAUAAUAGGAUAUUAGCAGAUGUAAACAAUCAAUUCAAUAUAAAUGAUUUUCAUCAAUCAACUUUGAGACGUGUAAGUCAAUUUAAUGACUACAAUGAUGAUGAUGAUGACGAAGAAAUGAUAUUUCUUCGAAAUAUUAUAGAUUCACAAAUAAAGAAGCAUAAAGAAAAUAAUACAUUACCCAAUUUAAAUAAUGUAGAUAAGAAAACUAAAAAGUUAAUUAAUGGACUUCUAACAGAAAUAGAAGAAGUAAAAAAAGAGCUUGAUAAUAAAAGGAAUAGUGAAAUGGCAAUACAACCGAUACAAGACAAAAGAAUAACAAAAAAAGAUGAAAAUAAUUAUGUAUCAGAACAUGAAAAUUUUAAACAAUUGGAAAAUUAUGAAAAUAAUUAUGUAUCAGAACAUGAAAAUUUUAAACAAUUGGAAAAUUAUGAAAAUAAUUCUGUAUCAGAACAUGAAAAUUUUAGACAAUUGGAAAAUUUUGAAAAAAAUAUGGAGAAUAAAGAUUAUAAAUUUUAUGGUAAAUUUGUUAAAGUUAUAUCAAAUAAUUAUAAGAAAUUAAAAGUUAAUAAAAAUAUAAAAAAAAAUGACGAAAAAACACUUAAGAGGUUGAUGAUGGCGGCUGGUGCAAUUUUGUUUGUGGCAAUAGCAUCAGGAACAGUCCAAUUCCUAUUACUACUUGUACCGUUUGGAUUUUUAAUAUCUAAAAAGUGGUGGAAAAUCGUGAAAAAUAGAUUUAACGAAUGA